CGCGUCUCUCCAUGACCGCUACAUCACCUCUAGCGUGUCACCACAUCAACCCAACGAUGCGCUCACAAUGGCGGCAAGCAUCAUUGCUCCUCCGCAAGACAAUACCACACAGAUAGUAGGGAAUGACAGUGACUAUGGCUCCGAUCUGGACGAAGCCGCCGUAGACUCCCUCUUCUCCCAAUCCGAGUCGCCGGGCAGCGUGAUAGCGAGCAUUGAAGCACCCACCAUCCUCGACGACCAUGGCGGCGACAGCAAGCCUGUCCUGCGCUUCUCGCGCCUGCACGACAACUUGGUGGCAGUCAUCGCUGGCCUCGGCAGUACACAGGAAGCGCUGCAGCGGUGGAAAGACGGCGAGCGUGGAGGGCCGGCAGUCGAGGUCGAGUACGACGAGGUCAACCGACACACUUUCUCCCCACCCCCCGAUGAGGAAGAACAGCGAAGACGUGAGCGCGAGCAGUCCGCUCCCUCAUUUGUGCGAGACGUAGACAAGAAUGACACCCGCACACCACUCCAACGCUUCCGCACCGCGCCCAAGAAGCCACUGUCCGUCACCGACAUCAUCUCCCCCGCAUGGUGCGAAUUACAGUACUUCUACAACCUCAGCCGCUACGGUCGCGUGCGGAGGACGACGGCCAUGAAGCAGGGUUCGAGCGUGCAUAAAGUAUUGGAGGAGGAAGUCCACACGGACGUGCCCGUAGAUGUGGUGACGAAGGAGGAUCGCUUCGCGCUGCGGAUAUGGAAUGUCAUAUCCGGUUUGCGAACGCUGAGGCAGACGGGCAGGACGAGGGAAUUGGAGGUUUGGGGUUUGUUGGAUGGGGAGGUGGUGAAUGGGGUUGUUGAUUUCGUUACUACGACGUGUCCGGAUGAGGAGGCGGAGGUGGAGUUGUCGCGGCAGAAGGGGGAGUCUGCUUCCGAACGUACUGGCGCACAAGGCGGCAAGAAGCAACAACCUCUCCCCUCCGACCAGCGCACAUUAACCGACUACCUCACCACCACCUCCCCGCACGCCUCCAUCCUCGAACAGUAUCACAACGGCAACAGCACCGGCAACGGCAACCCCUGGCUCGGCACGCUGCAAGAGAAAUCCCCAACCAUCUACCUCCUCGACGUCAAGACCCGCCAAUCCAGGACCUUACCACCAGAGGGCGGCAGUCAGCUGAGACCAACCCACUACCAACUCAUGCUCUACCACCGUCUCUUCACCGCCCUGGCCGGCAACCAAGUCCCCGCCGACCGGAUUUUCGAACGAUAUGCCGUAGAUCCGGAGAAGACGUUCAGUGAUGCUUUUCUGGCGCAGAUGAGUCAGCUUUCUGUCGGGUUGCAGGAGAACCACCCGACUGUCUUCGGGAAUGCCGAUGAGGCUGACCCGGGCGAUGGAUGGCAAGAUUCCACCGACACUCUGCUGGCGCACAACAACCUCUCCGCGCUUUGGAGUCUGAUGAUCGCCGAUUUCGCCCGCACAGUCUCCCGAACUUCAGCCUCAUCCACAACCUCGCCCUCUCACUCCGCCUCGAUAUCCCCCCUCCUAACAGCCGAAUUCCGCACCUCCUCCUCGGGCACUUUAUUGGGCCGACGCAGCUUCCUCUACAACGCCUCCCAACUCGACGCCUACGUCUCCGACGAACUGCGCUGGUGGCGCGGCGAGCGCGAGACGAAAGGUGUGGAGGUGGAGGAAGCGUAUAAAUGCCGCCUGUGCGAGUUCGCGGAGGGGUGUACGUGGCGGGCUACGAAGGUGGAGGAGGGGGUUCGGAGGGCGCGGUUGAGGAAGAAGAAGCGGAGGACGAGUGCCGUCUGACUUUAUUUACGCGAGAUAUGAUACCCCUGCUGCAACGAUACUAUUCGCGAUUCGGUGAUGAGAUACCAUUACCAAGGAUACGCUCUAACCUCUUCC